GGUCACGUGACGCGAGCUUACGAAGAUGGUGGAAGUUUCUUCUUCCUUGAAGUGAAACCCGGACUGAAACCCAAACAUCCUGCGGAGCGAGGGGCCGGAAGGACGCCGCAGCGCCACUGCCUCGGUUCUACAGCUUCUCCUCGGAUCCGGGCUUUCAUCCCAGCCCUAUGUCAUGGCCAGUGGAGUCACCAAGUCGGGCACUUCGAAUGGUUACCCUAUGAAAGCACAGCUGCAAAUCAUUGUGCUAUCGGCAAAACUGAAGGAAAACAAGAAAAACUGGUUCGGUCCCAGUCCCUAUGUGGAAGUGACAGUCGACGGCCAGUCCAAGAAAACAGAAAAAUGCAACAACACGCACAGCCCCAAAUGGAAGCAGCCGCUCACUGUGAUCGUGACUCCAUUCAGCAAACUGGUGUUUCGUGUGUGGAGCCACCAGACGCUGAAGUCCGACGUGCUGCUCGGCAUGGCCACGCUGGACGUCAGCGACACGCUCAAGUCCAACGACAUGAAAAUCUCUGAGGUGGUGCAGACCUUACAGCUGUGUGCAGACAGAGACCAGUCAGACGUGGUGGGAGAUCUGUCCGUCUGCCUGGACGGCAUGACCGUCGACCCCGAGAUGUUUGCCAUGGCCGAGGCCGACCAUCACAGUACGUCAAACGGGGAGUCACAGCCUAAUGGGGAUCAGCCCAUCAGGCACAGUCGAGACAGCUCUCCGGCUGUGGACAGCGUAGAGCACCGGUCGUCUCCCAGCGGGCGCAGGGCAGCGAACAGCACCGGGUCUCCUUCGGUGUCAUCAGGGGGGCUGAGGCCUCUCCGACCACCCAGGCCCUCCAGACCUCCACCUCCAACCCCCCGCAGACCCACCUCUUCACCAGCGUCUUCCAGCAACGGCUCUGCUCCAGCAGACAGCAGUGACGGUCAGUCAGGCGCCGACACACCGGUGCGAACGGCGGCUUCAGGAUCUGCGUCGGCCCCAGAAUCAAGUCCGUCAGCGGGUUCAGACAGAAGCUCCACGUUGGCCGCUGGCUGUGGAGCUGCAGCGACCAGACAGCCGACCAGCAGCGCCACGCCUGCCGUCGCUCCCAGAGUCCCCGCAGUCACAACCGGACCUCUGCCCCCUGGAUGGGAGCAGAGGGUGGAUCAGAACGGCAGGGUGUAUUUCGUCGAUCAUGUCGAAAAGAGAACAACGUGGGAGCGCCCAGAACCACUGCCCCCCGGCUGGGAACGCCGUGUUGACCAGAUGGGACGGGUCUACUUCGUGGAUCACAUCACGCGGACCACCACAUGGCAGCGUCCGACCAUGGAGACGGUGCGUAACUAUGAGCAGUGGCAGCACCAGCGCAGCCAGCUGCAGGGCGCCAUGCAGCAGUUCAACCAGAGGUUCAUAUUCGGGCUACAAGACCAGGUCUCCGUCACUCAGAACAAGGAGUUUGAUCCUCUCGGACCUCUGCCACAUGGAUGGGAGAAAAGAACGGACAGCAAUGGCAGAGUUUACUUUGUGCAUCAUCCAACACGGUCAACGCAGUGGGAGGACCCACGAACACAAGGGUUGUUGAAUGAGAAGCCGCUCCCAGAAGGCUGGGAGAUGAGGUUCACCGUUGAUGGCAUUCCUUACUUUGUCGACCACAACAGGAGAACCACCACCUACAUCGACCCUCGCACUGGAAAAUCCUCACUUGAAAAUGGACCUCAGAUCACCUACGUUCGAGACUUCAAAGCCAAAGUACAAUACUUCAGAUUCUGGUGCCAGCAACUGUCAAUGCCUCAACACAUCAAGAUCACGGUGUCCAGAAAAACCCUGUUUGAGGACUCAUUCCAGCAGAUAAUGAGCUUCAACAACGCUCAGGAUCUGCGAAGGAGGCUCUGGAUCAUCUUCCCUGGAGAAGAAGGCCUCGACUACGGGGGCGUCGCCAGGUGA